GCGCUCUCCUGCGCGCCCCGGGGGGCGCGCACCCGGCGAUCUCCGUGAUCGCUGUGUCCUACGGACACAGCUGAUCACGUGAUAUGGUAAAAGGCCAAUCACAGUGGCCUUUUACCACGUGAUCAGCGGUGUCCAAUGACACGCUGAUCAGAGGAAAAUGCAAGUGCCGGUUCUCGGCUGCACUUUCCUCACGCUGUCAGAUCCAGUGCGCCCACUAGCUCCGCCCACCUGCGCCCAGCAGUGCACCCACCUGUGCCCAGCAGUGCACCCACCUGUGCCACUCUGCAGUGCCACCUACCUGUGCCCAGAAGUGCAACCUACCUGUGCCCAGCAGUGCCACCCACCUGUGCCCACCCACCUGUGCCCACCAGUGCCACCAGUGCCUGCCCACCAGUGCGCCCACCAGUGCCAGCCAGCAGUGCUGCCAGUCAGUGCCACCAGUCAGUGCCCAGGGGUUGUGCCAGUCAGUGCCGCCAGUCAGUGCCCAGGAGUUGUGCCAGUCAGUGCCGCCAUCAGUGCCGUCUAUCAGUACCCAUCAUCAGUGUCACCUAUCAGUGCCGCCUAUCAGUGCUGCAUAUUAGUGCCGCCUAUCCGUGACACCUCAUUAGUGCUGUCUAUCAGU